UACUUCCUCUUUCCGCCAUAUUGCAGAACCGGCAUCAUGGUGCGCAUGAACGUUCUCGCGGAUGCUCUUAAAUGCAUCAACAAUGCUGAGAAGCGUGGGAAACGCCAGGUCCUCAUCAGGCCAUGCUCCAAGGUCAUUGUGCGCUUCUUGACCGUCAUGAUGAAGCACGGUUACAUUGGUGAGUUUGAGAUCAUUGACGACCACAGAGCCGGGAAAAUUGUCGUCAAUCUCACAGGCAGGCUGAACAAGUGCGGUGUGAUCAGCCCACGCUUUGAUCUCCAGCUCAAGGACCUGGAGAAGUGGCAGAACAACCUGCUGCCCUCAAGACAGUUUGGAUACAUUGUGCUGACCACCUCAGCUGGCAUCAUGGACCAUGAAGAGGCCAGACGGAAACACACAGGAGGCAAAAUCCUUGGAUUCUUUUUCUAAAAUGUAAAGAACUGAAAAUAAAACAACCAGAGGAAAAA